AUGAUUACUGCUGGUGGCUUUCGGUGCCAAUCUUGGUCUGCUGAACAACCGGUUCAUAAAAUUAGUACGAAUAUAACUGAUGCAAAUUUCCCAGAAAAAUCCAUGAAACUUGUUAAAAACUAUUGUAGAAAUCCUACUCGAGAUUCAAGAGGUCCUUGGUGUUAUACAUUAGAACCUACGGUUAUUGAUGAUGAAUGCGAUAUUCCGCUUUGUAAUUUCAAAGAUUGUAUUAUAACGGGACCAGGUGCUGAAUAUGGCGGAACUCGUAGUUUUAGUACUUCCAAAAGGAAAUGUAAAUCUUGGAAUAAAAAAUAUAAACUCGGUAACACAAAAACUAUUAAAUUUCAUAAUAAACACUUUCCGGAUGGAUCAAGAGUGAAGGCACAUAAUUUCUGUAGGAAUCCAAAUGAUGAUACAGGUGGUCCUUGGUGUUAUGUAGAAGAAAAAAGUUACGAGAUGGUAGAAAAAGAAUAUUGUGAUAUUCCAUCUUGCGAUGACAAAGAUUGUUUAACAUAUUCACGAAAUUCAUCAACUUAUUCCAUCUUAACGAGCUUAAACAGCACUUAUGGAAACAUAUCCUUCUGGAUUAAACUUUGGAAUCCUUUCGAUGAAGAAAAUGCGGAAGCCAGGAUUUUAUUAAGUUUACUCCCAAUUCCGUUUUCCGCCAAGAAAAUUGCUCAAGAUUGGAAAGCUGGAGUGGAACUUUUGAUUUCAAAUACCGUUAGUGGUCAGACAUAUCCAGUUACUAAUAAUGAGCGUCUUUUUGAAAAUACACCUGAAAUAUUACUUAGUUCUAAGUGGACUGGUUUAUGGAUUACAUGGGGCGGUGGUUUUAUAUCACUUGGAAUACAUGGUGUAUCAAAACCAUUAAUUAUGGACGAAUAUAAAAUGUCAAAUAGUAUUUCGAGUUUAUAUCCCGACAAUUUUUUGCAUUAUGGUAUCAUGGGCACUGGUGUCUUGUGGAGCACAGAAUUUUGUCAAAAAUAUUGUGAAAGUCACACGACUUUUGGAAAUGAGUUUUUGAGAAUUUGGCCAAUGCAGAAAAAUAAUGAUACACAGGAUGUUCAGUUUUAUCUUCGAGCUAGCCAUAAUGUAGAGAUACGGUUAUAUCAAAGUCCUGGAACGCUGUUUCCUUGUUUCAUAAUAGAAAUUGGACACAAUGUUACAUUAUUGCUGUAUCAAGAGACUGAGAAAUCAAUGAAGCAACAUUUGAAAGAAGUAAUAAUGAAAGGAUUGAUAGAUUAUUGGAGUUGGAAGGAAUUUACUAUCAGUAUGUUUGGCACACAUUUGCAUUUAUUCUCGCAACGUACAUAUGGAAGUGAAGAGAUUCUAAAUAUAAAUCAUGAUCUACUAAUUACCUUACGUUGGUUCAGUAUUGGGAGUCAAACAAUAGCACAUUGGACACUUUUUUGUUCACCCGAUGCGGUAGACGCGAUAGAAGAUCCUCAGCCUCCAAACUGUAUUCAUAAUAUCGCAGAUUAUCAAUAUCAAGGAACUCAAUGGACGAGUGCAAAAGAACUUCCAUGUAUACCAUGGAUAGCAGAAGAGGUGCCACGCGAUGAGAAAAUAGCCGAUAAUUUUGUCGAUAAAUCUAUAGUGAAAGCUUUAAAUAGAUGUAGAAAUCCAAGUCAUGAUUCUAAUGGACCUUAUUGCUACGCAGUUUCCAACUCAUAUAUUAUGGAUGUUAUAAAACGAUUUUGUCAUGUGCGAAUUUGUAGAUCUUCAGAAUGUCGAAUGGCAGGGACUGCUAAUGAUUACAUAGGUACAUUAUCAAAGACUCGUUCAGGUCGAACUUGCGCGAAAUGGUUGAGCGAUUACGAUCUCGAGCAAAUGCAAAUGCAAAUGCAAAUACUGAACAUAUCAUUGACAACGAGAGUUCCUUCUAGGACUCAGAGAUCAAUUCACGUAAAGUCUCGUUGGAAGCGUUAUCUAAAGCAAAAUGUUUCUAUGGAACAGUCGUCAUUUACCAAGUCAUUAUUAAGUUCUUCGCCGAAUCUAUCUCAUUCAAGAAUUACUGCUGUCAAACCUAUCCAUAUGGUUGACCGAGCAUAUUUAAAUGAUAGUCUUUAUCCGGAACGAAAUGUUCGAAAUGCCAGCAAUUAUUGUAGAAAUCCAUCGCGCAAUAUUGCUGGCACAUGGUGCUACACGACGGAUCCAUUGAUUCCACAAGAUCUUUGUGACAUAAGAGAUUGCGAGAAGCCAGAGGAGUGUACAUUUUUUGUAAAAGGACAUGGCAUUGGGCGUCGUUUAUAUGUUUUACCAGAAUAUCGUACAGAAGGCUUACAUUUUUCAUUAAAAGCUUGGGAGCCCGAUCAACCGGAUUCCAUAACGUUCGUGUUUACUGCUGAUGAUGGGUUUAACUCCCGUUAUAUUCUUAAGAUCGGAGCUUUAAAUAAUGAAAAAGUACUUCUCUAUUAUCAAUCGGAAGACAAAAAUAUAAUUUUGGUGAAGAAAAAAACAUUGCCGCAUUUAUUAUACCUUGGUAAGUGGAGUAGUUUUAUUAUACGCAUACCUCGAGGACGUGUCCUCGUUUAUUACGAAGGAGCAGUGAAUCCACUGUUUGAAUGGGAACAUCCUGAAUCGGCCAAAAUUUUUUCACCUGUCUAUUACUAUUAUAAUAGCGAGAAAGGACAUACGAUAGGUGUUGCUUUCGAUUGUGCCUCAAGAUGUCAUAUAGAGAACACGCAAACUGAUCGCUAUACUAGAAUAUUACCAUUAUCAACGUGGUCUAAAGAAGAGUUGAUUAGACCUAACAAAUUGAUGCUAAUGAUACGUGCCAAAGGUGUCGUUUUGAUACCGCUACUUCUGUUGCCCGCAACACCAGGAUUUUAUGCGCUCACACUCGGCGAACGGGGUCAGUGGAUAUAUUUUCUGAAAAACACAUAUCCUAAAGUUAGAGUUUAUCACAAACAGAAAGCACCGAAGCCUAUAUUUACUACGAAUUCAUGGACGAAUAUUACCAUAAAAUGGUCUGAUAGUACAAUUCAAAUAUUCUGUAACGAAACAAAUGUGUUUCAUUAUGUGCAUCGUCAACCCCUCAUCUUUUAUUUUUUUUCGCUCGCCGUAGAUCUGGGAAGUUGGGCUACGUGGAGCGCGAAUUGUAUACCGUCAGAUAUAGAUGGUCCUCCUUUAGAUGGUGGAUGGUCGGAAUGGGGACCAUGGGUAUGUAGUGCUAGUUGCAAUGGUGGCAUAGGAACCAGAAAACGAUAUUGCAAUUCACCGGAACCUAACGUAAGAGGCGAGCCUUGUAUAGGGCCCAAUAGCAUGACGGGUCGUUGCAAUAUGAUUUCCUGUGGUGAUGUAACCGAUGAUACUACGACUUUAAUAAAAAAAGGAAUGACGCAAAAUCAUACUGCUCUUAUUGUGAAAGAAUACGAAUCGGUAUCUCUUCCUUCGGAUUCUAAUAUCAUCAAUUCCAUCAGAGUUGAAUCACCUGAUUCAGAGAUACAAUGGUCUCACAAUGGAAUUUUUCUUCAAAACGAACAGCAUAGACUAGAAAUUAAAAAUUACGAAAUCAUAAUAAGUAGAGCAAUAUUGAAUGAUUCAGGCGUAUAUACGCUUACUGUGCGUCGAAUAGAUGGAACAUAUAUGAUAUUUAAAGUCGUAACUUUGGCAGUGAUUCCAAUUAAGGAAAGCGUUACAAUUCGUGAAACUCUACCUAUGCAUGUAAUGUGUCAUUGUGCUAUCCUUGGCUAUGUAUAUUCCGAUCUGAAGAUUUACUGGAUGAUUGAUAACAGAAUAUGGAAAGAUUAUAGUGUCACAUUGCCCGUAGCUGUAAAUGUCGAUCAUAUUCCAGCUGUAAAUCGAUCUCAUCAUGGUAUGUGGAAAUGUAUUGUAGAACAAAUUGAUCUAAAUUUCAAGUGGACGACAAAUGUGAUCCGCGUCAAAGUUCUCGGACCUCCAAAUUGGCGUACUCAUUUAAUGGAGGAUAAAUUAACACGACCGAUAUUUGGAUGGAUGCCAAGUGAGAAAUUCGUUGCUUACUCAGUGUUAGCUAUUAUUCUAUUCUCGAUAUGUUGCAUUAUUGUUGGUUUUAUUCUUUAUAUCAGAUUUCGAGAAAGUUUGAAAGUUAAUGUAACUAUGGCAAAGAAAAAAAUGCGCACAGGAAAAUCUGCAACAGAUAAAACAAAACAUAUUGCUGAUGAUAUACUUGUAGAAACAGAAAAUACAAUGCCUAAUUUUGUUAAAUCUAAAAAAUUACGUGGGUUAUACAAUAAGCAACAAUCUCGAGCAAAAAAAUUAGGAAACAUAAAUCACGUCGGAAUGUCGAGACCAAAUCAAACAAAAUCUAAGAAAAUAAUUAAUAAAUUUCGUAAGUUAUUGAAGAAGUCUAAAUAA